AUGGAUCGGGCAUCACUGACCUCUUAUCAUUUUGAUUUAGUCAUUCACUCUUAUCUUUUGACUUCUCACUCUCAAUCGGUUGAUGAAAAAAAAAAUCGCUUAUUUCGAAGUGCAAAGAUAAAAAGUACACGACGAAAGAUAUAUUCGAUUUCGAAUUUUCAGUUUAGGUUAAGAUUAGUUGGAGCUGCUCAACGAAAUACAUCAACCGUAUUAACGAAGAGAGAGGAACUUUUCAGUGUUCAGCAUAUAGAUCUUUACACAUUCUUUCACUCGAUCAGGAAAAUUAGAGAGAUAGUCGAACAUCAUCAAAACGGUGAUGUCAAUUUCAUCGAGAUGCAGUUAUCACACGCUGCGAUACAUUCUUCUUUGGUGACAAGGAUAUUUUAG